AUGCUUCAUCUUUCCGAGUCACCGUUCAAGCCAUUUUUGCCAUUGGUUGAGAGUUGUGAAUCUGAUGAUGAUUAUCUGGAAACUUUACGUCAGUCGGAGGAUUGCAAACAGGCUCUUCAACCAUCUACUCCUCCAUUCAGUGGUUUUGCUAGUUACCAGUUUGCCGACGACUCUGAAGAAUCUGAUUCGGAAGAUGAAGACGACGAAGAUGAAAAAAAAUCUGGCAUACGGAAACGCACUCCUGGCUGCAAUUCAGUGAUUCUCUCUAGAAAAAUUCCAAGAAGCGCAAAAGUCUUUCGUGCGCCCACAGAGGUCAGCAGCAUCACUGAAUCAAAUGAACCACGAGCCCUUGAAGCGGCCAAAAAAAGUAUGUUCACAAAAGAUGAUUCGUGGCUUUCAAGACGUUUUGAGGAUUUUCCGAAUGACGAGAAUAGAGACCCGAAUAAUUGGAUGGCAGAUAAUGGAAAGAUGAAAUUGGCCGCAUCGGAAAUCACCCAAGUCAAUACCGACCGUUCUGAUGCUGUUUAUAAUAUCCCAAUCAAAUCUAUUCCGGAAGAGAUUCCAACGAUUCCAAUUCACGAUGACGUUUGCGGAACGGUCGUCGCCGCAGAAGGGUUUGAUGAUAGCUAUGAGUGCGCGAUUAACUCGGAAACUGCUGAGCAAACGAUGGCUAACAAAGGUGACAAGCAGAAUGACGAACUGGCGCAUCAGACACGAAGCGAGCAUGAAGGACUGUUGCUCACACCCGCAUCUACCCACCGAAAAUUGUCCUCAUCAACCAUUCAUCCAGUCGAAAUUGAAGAUGGAAAUUCCGAUGAUUCAAAUCUGACCAACGAUCAAACGGAGUCGCAUCAUAGCCCCGAUCAUAACACUUCUACUGAAACAAUUGAAAAUGUUCGACAAUUGAAAAUCGAGCCGUCAAGUCCUAUUUCGGUGAUUUUUUUUGAUUGGCAGACCGACGAAUGGAAUACAUAUCUAUCUACGAGUUUUGGAACGGGAGAUAAGCAGCCAAAUUCUUUCAUGAAAAGUAACGCUGAGCCUGAUCUCUUGAGCUCAAUUUCGCCAUUGACUAGCCAAACUUAUUACCCAGGAAAACAACUUUCCGUUUAUGAGCAUCAAUUGUUGAAGCGACAAGGUAUCAAUACUCCAUUUAUCUAUAAUCCAUGGGAUUAUGAUCCUGAACACAUGCUGGAUGGAGUAAUAACUGAGCCACCUAGCACUGGAGCUGCAAAUAGGCAAGAUUAUAAGAUUGAACAGGAAAUGUCGCAUGACUCUGAUCAAAAUUUGGAAACAUCUCUCGUAAUCGAUACUGAUAAUGAUGAUGUCGACCAUGCGACGCCUCGAUCUCCGUCACAAAAUUCGUUGCAAGACACUCCAUUAAAAUGCUAUAAAGCCGAAUCGGACGAUGCCAUGGAUGCAAAUGCUUGUGUGGAGAACAAUUCGCCUGAUGCUUUGGAUAAUUAUGAUGAUGCCAUUAUUCGUGAAGACGUAAAAAAAAUUGACGAUGAUGAAGGAAUUGUUUAUAAUACGAAAUUUGCAAGCACGAAAAAUAAAACGCAUAAGAGAAAUUUUAACGGCGUAAUGGAAAGUGAACCGCAUGAAUUCUGGAACGACGAUGAAUGGUCUUAUACGAAGAGAGCAAGAAAGGUGGAUCGGCAAUCCUUUGACCUUGAACCGUCUCGAUUUGAUUUUGGAAACCAGUCAUUCAAAAACGAAGACAAUAUGCCACUCAGCUUCAACAACCGUGUCGCAAUUGUAACUGGUGCUGGUGGCGGUCUUGGCAGAACUUAUGCUCUUGAGUUGGCCAAGCGUGGAGCAAAAGUUGUCGUCAAUGACUUGGGAGGCGAUCGCCAUGGAACAUCGUCCAGCACUUCAAUGGCUGACAAGGUUGUCGCUGAGAUCAGAUCGAAUGGAGGUGUCGCUGUUGCAAACUAUGAUAGUGUUGAGAACGGCGACAAUAUUGUAAAGACGGCAAUCGAUAACUUUGGCCGAAUCGACAUUGUCAUUAAUAAUGCUGGAAUUCUUCGAGACGUUUCGCUUCUCAAAAUGACAGAAGUCGAUUGGGACUUGAUAUUCAAAGUUCACGUUAAAGGAGCAUUCUCGGUUACUAAAGCUGCUUGGCCCUACAUGAGAAAUCAGAAGUACGGACGUAUCACGGUCACUUCUUCUAACGCGGGAAUUCACGGCAAUUUUGGCCAAGCGAAUUACGCCGCCGCCAAGAGUGCAUUGAUUGGGUUUUCAAACACUGUUGCCCAGGAAGGAGCCAAGUACGGAAUUCUUUGCAAUGCCGUCAUUCCGACGGCCGGAUCUCGAUUGACGCAAACCGUUAUGCCGGAAAAUAUUGUGCAAGCUUUGAAACCGGAGUACGUCACGCCACUUAUGACAUAUCUCGUUCAUGAGUCAUUCAACGAGUCCGGAAAUUUGUAUGAAGCUGGAGCUGGCUGGUAUGGAAAAAUAGAGUAUUAUAAAGCAGCCGGAAUUGUUCUUCCAAACGCUUCCGCCGAAGAUGUCGCAAACAACUGGAACAAAAUCGUUGAUAUGUCGGCGGCGACUCCAAUUGGAACCAUGGCUGAGCAAACGGGACGCCUGAUUGGAAUCUUGGAAGAGCAUGCCGCUCAACAUUCUGAUAACUCUGAAUCGAGCCCGACAUCAAGAAGAAGUUCUCAUUCGGAGUUUCCCGAGAACGUCAAGUCCAGCAAAAUUUUCAGUGACAUGGCUGAGAGAAUGAAGACAAAUCCUGAACAAUUCACCGGUGUUAAAGCUGUUGUUCAGUAUAUCAUUCUUGACGGAAAAAACGAGGUCGCAAGAUUCACCAUUGAUUUAAAAAAUCAGUCGCCAAGAGUUGUUUUGGGCGAUAUUGAUGGAGUGAAGGCGAAUCCAGUGGUCACUGUGGCCGACGACGACUUUGUAGCUAUUGCCAGCGGCAGCCUCAAUGCACGCGAUGCAUUCAUGAAACGCAAGCUGAAAGUUCAAGGAAAUGUGAUGAUUUUGCAGAAAUUGGGAGAUGUCUUGAUGAAGGUCAAAAAAGCCAAUUUGUAA